AUGUCCCUCGCCGAUCGCCGCUACAAACUAAACACGGGCGCCGAGAUCCCGGCUCUCGGCCUGGGAACAUGGCAGGCGUCCGCCGACGAAAUCCAGCGCUCAGUCUACCACGCCAUCGAGGUUGGGUACCGCCACAUCGACACAGCGCUCGCCUACCAGAACGAAGAGGACGUCGGCAAGGGCAUCAAGGCGGCCAUUGACGCCGGGCUGGUCACGCGCGAGCAGCUGUUCGUGACGACGAAGCUGUGGAAUGUCUACGCAAACCGCGUCGAGGAGGGCCUGGAUACGAGCUUGAAGUCGCUGGGGCUCGACUAUGUCGAUUUGUUCCUGGUGCAUUGGCCGGUGCGGAUGAACGAUAAAGGAAACCACCCCCUCUUCCCCAAACACCCCGACGGCACGCGCGACAUCAUCCCGCACAACCACGUCGACACGUGGAAGGCGAUGGAGGCGCUGCCUGCGACAGGCAAGACGCGGGCCGUCGGCGUGUCGAACUACAGCGUCGAGUAUCUCGAGCAACUGCUCCCGCACGUCACCAUCGUGCCGGCCGUCAACCAGAUCGAGAACCACCCACAGCUCGCGCAGCAGGAGAUUGUUGAGUACUGCCAGGCCAAGGGGAUCCUGAUCGAAGCGUACAGUCCGCUGGGCUCGACGGGGAGUCCGCUGCUGACGGCCGAGCCGAUUGUGGCGAUUGCGAAGAAGAAAGGUGUGGCGCCGGCGACGGUGUUGUUGAGUUGGCACUUGGCCCGAGGCUCCGUCGUCCUCGCGAAAUCAGUCAAUCCAGACCGCAUCACGGCCAACAGGACCCUGAUCGAGCUCGACGCAGACGACGUCGCGCUGAUCAAGGAGUUCUCGGACGACCUCAAGGCCAGGGGUCAGGUGAAACGAUACGUCGCGCCGCCAUUUGGUGUUGACUUGGGAUUCCCGGACAAGUGGUGA